ACCCCAACCCCCUUUCUUCUUGAUACAUCAACUCCAAUUCUACCAAUACUCCCACGACAAAAAAUUUUCGUCUAAAGGGGUUGCUUCUUUAUGCAAUAUAAUCACUACCCACAACUAAUUUUUCUUCGUACCUUAGUUUUUUUUUUUUAGUUUUCUCUGUAUGGUUGCUAGAUUUUGUUGUUUUCCAUCAACCCCAUCUCAGCAAAAUUUAUUUAACAGGGUUGUUGAACUUUUUUCAAAGUUAUGGUGUCUUCGAUGUAUUGCCAUGUACCGAGUGAAGCAGAGAUGAAUCAUAUCCCACCAUUCUACUCUCGAAAGAGAUUAAAGUCUUUAGAUUCGAUGCCAAUGGAUUUAACUUCACAAGGUUCUAUUGAGGACGAAAAUCGCGUUGAUGUUGUAUCUACAAUGGAGUUAACUAUUGGUUGCUUGCAAAAUCUUGGUUCACCAUUGUGUGUGGAGAUGAGUUGCCAGUCCAAUGGCAAGAGUGAGAAUGUUUCAUCGCCUCGUGAUGUCGGUGGCAGUUCAACGAGUGACAAGAGUAAUGUGGUGUACCCUCAAGCCGCACUUGCAACUGGAUGGAUGUAUGUGAAUGAACAGGGUCAAAUGUGUGGUCCUUAUAUUAAGGAACAAUUAUAUGAGGGUCUGUCUACUGGUUUCUUGCCAGAAGAACUUCCCGUUUAUCCCAUCUUAAAUGGGACCAUUUCGAAUGCGGUGCCCUUAAAGUAUUUCAAUCAAUUUCCUGACCAUGUUGCCACUGGCUUUGCUUAUUUAAUGGUUUCGUCCAUGGAAGUUGCCAAAGAUUCAGGAGGAAAUGGAGUGGAGUUGCCAACAACUUCCCCUUACUCUAGCUCGGGGGAUAAACAUGAAACUCAUUCCAUGAAUCAGCAAGUGUCGACUACUGGCUUUGUCGGAACAGUUGCACCGUCUAUGUCUUCGGUUAACGAAGAAUCGUGCUGGCUCUUUGAAGAUCAUGAUGGGAGGAAACAUGGGCCGCACUCUCUUGUGGAGCUUUAUUCAUGGUAUCAUUAUGGAUACAUUGUGGAUUCAGUGAUGAUUCAUCAUGCUGAUAAUAAGUUCAGUCCCUUUGCUUUGAAAUCUUUAAUUAGCAGUUGGACUACGGCUACCCCUGGAGCUCAAUUCUUGUCUAAUCCCGAUGGGCAUGAGACUAACGCUCUACAUGAUUUUGUAUCCGAGAUUUCUCAAGAAGUAUGCUCCCAGCUUCAUAUGGUGAUCAUGAAAGCAGCCCGCAGGACUCUGCUCGAUGAGAUUGUUAGCCAUGCAAUUUCAGAGUGCAUCUCUGAAAAAAAAGAUCGUAAGAAAGUCACUAAUCAAAAGAAAGCCACUAAUCAGUCUGUCAAAAUGUCAUCUCCUGGUACCAGAAUGUCUGCAGGUUUCGGUGGCAGUAAGGCCUUAGUUUCUCCUGAGAGCAGUGCAGAAGCUUCUAUUCUUCGUAACCAGAAAUCUCCUGCUGCUGAAGUCCCUUUGAAGUCUUCAGGAGGCGCAAAAUCUGUUGGAAGCUUUGAGAACUUCUGUGAUUCUUAUACAGUUGUUUGCAGGAAAUUAUUUGACUCUUGCAUGCAAGAUAUCUGGAAUGCUGUCUUCUAUGAUCACGUGUCAGAGUUUUCAUCUGCUUGGAGGAAGAGAAAGCGAUGGUCACCUCCUUGUCUGAUGGUUGAAUCAAACAUUCAAGCAAAGUCAUAUGCUGAUUGCACCACAAAGCUUUCUACUGAAGUUUUGCAAGUGGAGGAAGAAUCCGUCCCUCCAGGGUUUGAGAAAAAGAAUGUGACAGUGGAUUUGCCUUCAGUUUCGUCAUCAAAAGAUUGCACCGUGGAGCUCUCUACUGAAGUUUUGCAGGUGGAGCAAGAAUCAUUCGGCUGUGAUCCUGAUUUUCCCCCAGGGUUUGAGGAGAAGAAUAUGACAGUGGAUUUGCCUUCAGUUUCGUCACCAAAAGAUUGCACCGUGGAGCUGUCUACUGAAGUUUUGCAAGUGGAGCAAGAAUCUUUCGUCUGUGAUCUUGAUUUCCCCCCAGGGUUUGAGGAGAAGGAUGUGACAGUGGAUCUGCCUUCAGUUUCGUCAUCUUUUAAUGAUGAAAAGGGGUUGUCUGGAUCCAGUCAUGCAAUGGACUCUGAAGCUAAUGAGCGUAUGCAACUUAUCCUUGAGAGUGUAAUGGAUGAACUCCACCUGUCUGCAAAGAUGUCCUUGGAAGAGUAUUUCAUUAGCCUUUUGCAUGAAGAGGUGAUGGGAAAAGUUGAUUCCCUUAAAGAUGGCGUGAUAAUCAAGGUUGCUGAGGACCCAAAUAUUUUUAAUUGCGGUGCAAGUAAAAAUGAGUCUUCUGAUGCCAUUUCGGUGUCAGACAACUUACCUUGUGUAGAUACUGAGAGUACUUCACCGCCUGUAAAAUCAUCGCACCAGAACAAUAUUGAUACAUAUGUGCCUCCUGCGUCAGAUUGGUUUUCAAGUGCAUUUCAGAAGUCAGCCGGUUUAGAUAAUACAUCCAUUGAUGAAAUGACUGAUGAGCUGCAACCACCUGAAUGCGAAGCUGUUCCUGUGCAAACUUCUAAAGUUCGGCUUGCUAGGUCUGACAAUAAUAUUUUGAGAAUAAUAUGGUAUGCUACCCUGUCAAAUUGCCGGCAGAAGGUACAUGAGAAAGCACUGAGAGAGUUGAAAAGUUUUCUUAUUGAUGACCUGAUUAGAAAUUUCUUGUCAACUUGGUCUUCUGCGAGGAGAUGUAGUAAACCAGAGGAUUCUCGGGUUACAAGAAGCAAAGCAGAUGAUGAGAAACGUGAUAAAUCUCCUGUUGCAUUAAGCAAAAGCGUGGAUGGCUUUCCUAAGGUACCUACAGCCGCGGGGAAAUAUACAUAUUACCGGAAGAAAAAGUUGGUCAAAAGAAAGUCAGGCUCUUCAUUGCAGCCUCCCCCUGAUGGAGAUGUUGGCUUCCAAAAGCGAUCUAUUAACAAGUCAAGGAAAAAAGAUCUCUUGGGAGAGGUAACAGAGAGCGCUAAAAGUGACAAUGCAACUUCAAGUGAUAAGGAAAUUGGGCCAAAAGAUUGUUGCAGAGAGUUGGUCACUGAUGCCUCUUUAGUUGUUCCUCCAUCAUUGGUUAUUAAUUGUAACACUAUCUCGGAGGAAGUAGUUGCUUCUGUCUCCAAAGUGGGGAGAAGUAACGCAAGCCGCAAAAACAUGAAGGCCACUUUUAUCGCUGAGGUCUCUGGUGAUAAUGGAAGGGUUGAUGGAGACGUUGGCUUAAAAAAGAGAUCUAUUAACAAGUCAAGGAAACAAGAUCUCUUGGGGGAGGCAACGGGGAGCACUAAAGGUGACAAUGCAGCUUUAAGUGGUAAGGAAAUUGGGCCGAAAGAUUGUCGCAGAGAGUUGCUCACUAAUGCUUCUUUAGUUGUUCCUCCAUCAUCGGCUAUUAAAUGUAACACUAUCUCAGAGAAAGUUGCAUCUGUUUCCGAAACGAGGAGAAGUAGUUCAAGCCGCAAAAAACUGAAGGCUGCUUUUGUCGCUGAGGUCUCCAGUGGUAACAGAAAGGUUGAAGGAGACAUCAGCUUCAAAAAGAGAUCUAUUAACAAGUCAAGGAAACAAGAUCUCUUUGGGGAGGCAACAAAAAGCACUAAAGGUGACAACGCAACUACAAGUGGUAAGGAAAUUGGGCCGAAAGAUUUUCGCAGAGAGUUGUUCAGUAAUGCCUCUUCAAUUGUUCCGCCAUCAUUGGUUAUUAAUUGUGACACUAUCUCAGAGAAAGUUGCAUCUGUUUCCAAAGCGGGGAGAAGUCAUGCAAGCCGCAAAAAACUGAAGCCCACUUUUGCCGCUGAGGUCUCCAGUAGUAGUGGAAAGGUUGAUGGAGACGGCUUCAAAAAGAGAUCUAUUAACAAGUCAAGGAAAAAAGACCUCUCGGGAGAGGCAACGGAGUGCGCUAAAGGUGACAAUGCAGCUUCAAGUGAUAAGGAAAUUGGUCCAAAAGAUUGUCGCAGAGAGUUGGUCACUAAUGCCUCUUUAGUUGUUUCUCCAUCAUCGGUUAUUAAUUGUAACACUAGCUUGGAGGAAGUUGCAUCUGUCUCCCAAGCAGGGAGAAGUAAAGCAAGCCACAAUAAACUGAAGGCUCCUUUUGUUGCCGAGGACUCCAGUGGUAAUAGAAUGGUAGCUGAGGCUGUGAACAGCGAAUUGGGCACUCAAGAAAUGGAACCAACUGCUUGUUCGAAAAAGACUCCCAAAUCAGCAGCCAAAUUACCGAAGUUGAAAAAGAGAAAAAUAGAGAAUAAUCUGACAGCCUCUGGGUCAAGUACAAUUCAGAGACUAUCAAGUGGUGCUGGCAACCAAGCUGCAACAGAGGUGGUUAUUCUAGAGAAAAAUCAGAAGGGUAAAUCCCGGAUAGCAAAACAUUGUCCACAUUCAGUUGGCUGUGCUCGAUCUUCAAUCAAUGGUUGGGAAUGGCGUAAGUGGUCGAUGAGGGCAAGUCCUGCCGAAAGGGCUCGUGUUAGGGGAAAUAAGAUCGUUCAUAUUCAAUCUGUUAGUUCAGAUACUACUGGUUCUCAAAUGUUUAAUGUUAAGGGAAUUUCUGCAAGAACAAACAGGGUUAAGUUGCGCAACCUCCUUGCUGCUGCCGAGGGUGCUGAUCUCUUGAAAGCUACUCAAUUGAAGGCGAGGAAGAAGCGCCUACGCUUCCAACAAAGUAAGAUACAUGCUUGGGGUCUCGUUGCCCUUGAGCCUAUUGACGCUGAAGACUUUGUCAUUGAAUAUGUUGGAGAGCUUAUACGUCGUCGUGUAUCUGACAUACGAGAGCACUAUUAUGAAAAGAUUGGAAUUGGGAGCAGUUACCUUUUCAGACUGGAUGAUGAUUAUGUGGUUGAUGCAACAAAACGUGGUGGUAUUGCCAGAUUCAUAAACCAUUCUUGUGAGCCGAAUUGCUAUACAAAAGUUAUAAGUGUUGAGGGUCAGAAAAAGAUCUUCAUAUAUGCUAAGCGGCAUAUUGCAGCUGGUGAAGAGAUAACUUACAAUUACAAGUUUCCUUUGGAGGAAAAGAAGAUCCCCUGUAAUUGUGGUUCUAAAAGGUGUCGUGGCUCGAUGAAUUGAAAUGCAAAGGAGAUGCCAGAUCCGAUGUGUUCCACUGCUGUAUUUAGGGGUCGUUUCUUGACUGGUGGGUUCCACGGACACCCAUGCUGCAGUUUUGCAGAUAGAGAUUUGUCAUCGUGUACAUAUAGUAAGCAAUGGUAUUGUCAUUUGUCAAUAGCAACUCCUUUUUUUAAAAUGUUUCUGGAAGCAGAAACCAAUUUAUACCUUGUGUGGUAUUAUUGUUUUCUGAAUAUAGCCAUAUUUCACUACUUGUGUUUCUUCUGCAUUUUAUUAUUUUUCACUAUUUGUACUCUAUUUAAAUCCUGCCCAGCAUAAGUUACCUCUGAAUUGUUGUAGAUCAUCCACUAGAAAAGUCCUCCUCCCUAGAUGUAGAUGAUCAUGCUUCUGAAUUUUAGACUUUGUAGGAUUAACAUUAACAUGAGAUAUAUGUAUUGCCUCUACGUUUGGAAAAUAUGGAGGUUCUUUUUGGUCAUUCUUUGUACACAUCAGGGAUCAUACUGUAAGGAAUAAAUUCGUGGAGAAGUUGGGAGAAAUUCUUUUGACAAAUAACAGUUGGUGUAAAUGUUAAAGGACUUCACCUUUAGUUUUAAAGGCCUCCGGGCUGAUCUAGCGGUAAGAGUGCAACUUGUGAUGCGUGAGUUAGAAGCACGUCACGAGUUCAAUUGGUAUUUAAGUAAAGAAGGGUGGAAGGGUGACCGAGUUUCGAAUCAUGCGUCACUGUCCCUCGAGAAUUUCUUAGAGUAUAAAAAAGGAGAAGAAACAGUUUGAGUUGCUCCUUAUAUGUAAUUUCUUGGUACCUAUUUUGACAGUCAGCUAGUGAAACCUUCAUUAGUGGGUUCGAGCUCUUUAGUGGGUAGUGUGCGAUAACGGUAGUGAAAGCAAAUAUACAGAAGCACACUAAGAAAGAAUAAAGGAUAUGGUGAAUUGAAUUUUACGGAUUAGAAUAACACAAACUUAAGUAGUUGAACAAACUUGAAUCCUUGUUAGAGAAACGAUCAUUCAAACCCAAAGAAAUCACAACAAAAUUGAAGAAAGAAUCAAAUAGAGAAUAUAAUAAGUAAUUCUAACAAAUAUGAAAGAACUUACUAAAUGAUAUUCCAAACAAGGUUUAAUACAAAGGAAAAUAGAUAAAAUCAAUCCAGAGAAAAAAGAAAUAGGAGGGGAAGAGUAUAAUAAAUCUUAUCCUAAAGAUUCAAAGCUAAAUCUUUCUAACUAAUGAGAUGAUUACAAAUAUGUCAAAAAGACCAAAAAAUCCUUAAAAUAAAAGUUCUAGGACGGAUGGAGACAUCUAUGUUGCUUGGAUCCUCCAAAAAUGCCGCCACACCCAUGUCAGAUCCUCCAAAAAAGAACAACUUUGGAAGAUCCUACACACACUCGAUCACAUUUUUGAAGGGUCCGAGCAACAUAGAGUGGAACUAUCCGCGCUAGCUGCACUCAACCUCAAAUUAAGUCAAACUUCAAUUUUUGUUCCUUUCGCCCCUCCAAUGACUCCAUGUCAUCUUCCGAUAUCGUCGCAAUCACCAAUAAAAUAUUUAAAGAUAUUUCCAAGUCUUCUAGCUCAUCUUCCACUCGCACUCCGUUGGACACUAUCAUUAGGCUAGUUGUUGGCGUUGCCAUUUAAAAGACAGAACUUGCCCAAUAUGAGUCUCUCUUAUGCGACUUGGAAAGAGGUUACUAUAGCCAAUGGAGUGGGCCAUUCCAUUGAGAGAGAAAUCAUAGGGGCUUCCUUAGAUACAUACUUCUUCCGUCCCAAUUUAUUGGAAGAUGUUCGACUGGGCGACUUUUGAUAUUUGUGGUCUAAAAUAAGCCAUAAAUAUUUGUGUGGCCUUUAAUCAUCUCAUUAAGGGUAAAAUGGGAAGUGUAAAGUUAAAUUGUUACUGAAUAUAGAAAUAUGUCAUUCUUUUUGGGAUUGACUAAAACGGAAAGUGUGUCGCAUAAAUGGGGAUAGAGGGAGUAUAUGCUUGUGUGUGUGCGUG